GCCCUAGGGCUGGUUGGCGAAGGCUGGGUCCUGCGAGGCGCGCCUGCGCUAUGCAGCCCAGCACGUGUUCGAGCAGCAAGCUUCCGCUGGAGUUUCUUGAGGAUGCAAACCGAGAUGGAGGCACAGAGUCCCUUGGCCGAGGCCGGCUUCACCCAGGUCACCCGAAAAGGUGGCCGGCGGGCGAAGAAACGGCAGGCUGAGCAGCUGUCCGCACCGGAGGAGGGCGGGGACGCGUCCCGCAUGGACACCGAGGAGGCCCGGCCUGCCAAGAGGCCCGUCUUCCCGCCCCUCUCCGGGGACGGGUUUCUGGGUGGGAAAGAAGAAACCAGAAAAAUUCCAGUCCCAGCUAACAGAUAUACUCCCUUAAAAGAGAACUGGAUGAAGAUAUUUACACCUAUUGUGGAGCAUUUGGGACUUCAGAUACGCUUUAACUUGAAAUCGAGGAAUAUAGAAAUCAGGGUGAGGAUAAUGUUAACUAUUUUCAAAUAUACUGCGGUUUCUCUUUUCUACGGGGAUGAAAAGACUUGUAAAGAAACCAAAGAUGUUAGCGCUCUGACAAAAGCAGCUGAUUUUGUGAAAGCCUUUCUUCUUGGGUUUCAGGUAGAGGACGCACUUGCCCUCAUUAGGUUGGAUGACCUCUUCCUAGAGUCUUUUGAAAUUACAGAUGUUAAGCCCUUAAAGGGAGACCACCUGUCGAGGGCAAUAGGAAGAAUCGCUGGCAAAGGAGGAAAAACCAAAUUCACCAUCGAGAACGUGACACGGACGCGGAUAGUUCUGGCUGAUGUGAAAGUUCACAUCCUUGGUUCUUUCCAAAACAUCAAGAUGGCAAGAACUGCUAUCUGCAACCUCAUCCUGGGAAAUCCUCCAUCAAAGGUUUAUGGCAAUAUCCGUGCUGUGGCUAGCAGAGCGGCAGACCGAUUCUGAUUUCAAAUCAGAGACUUUUUACCUUGUCUUUGAAUUCUAGAGAAAAUGCCUUUCCCCUCUACAAGUGGUCACCAGACACCAUGUGAAGAACUUUUCAGUCGUGGAUACCAUUAUUUAUACUAGCACAUUAAGUAUAAUUUAUUUUUUCCGUUUUAAAUCACAUAUCGAUUUGCAUAGUUUAUAAUCCUCUCAUUUGGAGGGAAACUUAUUUAAAAAAACAGUUCUAUAUUAGCUUCCAAGUUUUUUGUUUAUAAAUUUAUAAAAAGUUAUUUCUUCUCUAUGAGUUGUAAUUAAAAGAAUUAUCUCAGAAAA